CGCACGUGGAACCCAAAUUCGACCCGGAUCCGACUCCAAUAGGCCGCCACGGUUUCAGUUUUCACACCAUGUAUAGCAAUGGCGGCAGCAGCAGUAAUAAUAAAUCCAAAUUGCGUUGUGUUCAAGUCGUAAUCAGUAGCUAAAUUCAAUUGUUUCUGUUGAUCCUGUCCUCUUCCUGUAAUCAAGAAUUUUAUAGAGAAUGAUGGCAGAAGAGUCAACAGUAUGUGUCUGGCAUGGCUAACGAUCCACCAGCGAGACUCAUAGACGACUUCUCCGAGCAAAUUUCUGAUAAGGGUCCUUGAUAACAAUCUCCUUUUGCGGUAGUCUUGAAACAUAAGAGAGAAACAAAGUGAAAAAAGAAAAAGAGAUGCUGGGAUUUUCAUAUGGAGAGCUAUUUCUCAUGCUUGGCGCUACUGCUGCUGUUAUUGGACCUAAAGAUCUGCCAAUCAUUGCAAGAACAGCUGGCAGAUUUGCUGGGCGUGCCAUUGGUUAUGUUCAACUGGCCCGUGGCCAAUUUGAAAAUGUCAUGCAGCAGUCUCAAGCUCGCCAGAUGCAUAAGGAAAUGCAAGAUACCAUGGCUCAAGUAGAAGCCAUACGUCAUGAAAUUCGAACAUUCUCUUUUAUGAAUCCUGGUCUACUGACAACGAGGCUAGUAGACAACAUCAACGCUACAGCUGGGGCUAGCACGAUCAUGAAUGGACCUCAAAAAUCUGAUGAAAAGAGAACAAUAGUUGAAAAUGGACCUCAAAAAUCUGAUAGGGAGAACAAAGCAGUAACUAUCACACCUAAGGAUCUUAAUUCAAGGAGCUCAGCUUUGUCAGAUAUGCACAGUCAAGCAGCUGCUUAUGCGAGAUUGGCAGAAAUGGCUCCUUUGGGACCUGUAUCCGUAGAUAGAGAAAGUCUGAGUGAACUGACUGAUGAAUCUGGCAGUAUCACUGUACUUCCUGUCUCUGCUGAGAGUGCAGGACUGUUGCCAAAAUGUAAAGAUGAAGCAAAGGGGUCCGACAUUGUCUUAGAAGCGAUACUGGAGGCAGAAGUGGCAAAGAAUGCCAAAGAAUUUUUCUCACGGCCACAAAACCAAUUACAAAGUGAAUGACUAGGUAUAUUGAAAGAACUUUUACACCAUUAGAAGGCGGUCAAGUGAGCAUGUCAGCAGUGGAUGAAAGAUUGCCGUGGAAAAGAUAGAUGAUUUAGGCCUAGUUAGAGUCUAGUUAUGGUUGAGUCUUUUUACCUCGUUUCUCAGAUACCAUUGCCCUCUCCCAACCAGCUGCGUGAAUAAAGAAGAGACAACAGCAUUAAACCUU